AACACAGCAACACCGGCAUAGCAUGUUUAUGCUGAGCACACCGACCACGAUGCUCGCUACAUGUAUAUAAAACAACACGAUGCCUCCAUUCCCUCCACCACGAAACAGCAUGGCAUUUUCCAAUCAGCCUGGUCCACUUGGCGCAAUAGCCCGGUUCUGGGAGCGGACAUAUGCCGCUGAUUAUGUCGCGUUGGGAUUUGUCGCGGCUGGAUUUAUAUUAAUUCAAUUAUUUGUUACACCGUUCCAUCGAAUGUUUUAUUUGGACAACAUGGCUAUUCAGUUCCCGUUUGCGAAGUCAGAACGAGUUCCCAUGCCAUGGUCAAUUGUAUACUCGGCCGUCUUCCCUACGCUCGUCCUCCUCCUCUGGGCACUUAUAACACGCCCAUCCGCACACAAACUCCACGUCAGCUUUUUAGGGCUGGUCGUAUCUUUGGCUGUAACACCUUUCCUAACGGAUAUCAUUAAAAACGCUGUUGGUCGACCACGACCGGAUCUCAUUGAUCGAUGCAAACCCGAACCGGGCACGCCAGAACAUAAACUCGUCACAUUCAGUGUGUGUAUGCAGGCGAACGAACACAUUCUACAAGAAGGGUGGAGAAGUUUCCCAAGUGGACACAGCAGUUUUGCGUUUGCCGGGUUGGGAUUUUUGUCUUUAUUUCUAGCAGGCCAGUUGCACGUCUUCCGUCCACGCGCCGAUCUCGGUCGUUGCCUAUUCACAUUUAUCCCCACAUUAGGCGCUCUCAUGAUCGCUAUAUCCCGCUGCGAAGAUUAUAGACACGAUGUGUGGGACGUCACGGCGGGCGCAAUACUUGGAUCGAGUGUGGCAUAUUUCACGUAUAGACGGUAUUAUCCAUCUUUGAGGGAUAAACGAUGCCAUGUACCGUAUGAUCUGGCGGUAGUCAAAGGAGUGGAGGGAUUCACAAAGUUGACGGAUGAUGAGGAGCGAUUAUUGGGUGUUCGUGAUGGAUCGGGGCAGGAGGGACUUCCUAUGCAUAUGGACCUACCACGAAACUAG